UGUUUUUCAACUCAAUUUAGAUGAACUUUCUUACGCGCGAUUUCAAACUCCCAAGGUCACAAAGCAGAUGUGAGCUUACUGUUCUAUUUUUGCUUCUUUAUCAUGCCAGGAACAGUAAAGGUUAAAGUUUUGGCAGCAAGAAAUUUACCAGUAAUGGAUAGGGCGUCUUUUCUAACAGAUGCUUUUGUUGAAUUAUGCAUCGGAAGCAUCACCUACAAAACUGAAGUAGUUCGGCGAUCACUUAAUCCAUCAUGGAAUACUGAUUGGUUUUGCUUUAAGUUAGAUGAUCAGUCCCUUCAGGAGGAGGCGCUUCUACUAAAGGUUAUGGAUCACGAUACAUAUAGUGCACAUGACACGAUUGGACGGGUUUACUUUGAUCUUAACCCGCUUCUAAGUCGUGGGCAAACAAGAUGUUUAAAUGGAUGGUUUCCAAUUUAUGAUACCAUGCAUGGCAUUCGUGGAGAAAUAUGUCUUGCCAUCCGUGUAGAUGUUUUUCUUGAUGCUAGUCGGUAUCACCAGUCUUCGCUUGGAGUGAAAUUUUUCCACUGUUGUACUAUUCCACAAGGAUUUGUGAUCGACUCACUAAUUGGUUUCAUCGAAGAACUCGUAAUGAAUCAUGAUCCUGAACAUCAGUGGAUAGAAAAAAUUCGGACAUCUAGGGCGUCAAAUGAAGCUAGACAACGUCUGUUUAGUCGCCUCAGUGGAGAGCUACAACGAAAAAUGGGACUGAAAGUUUUGAAUCUAGGUGGCAAUUCUUUGAUUGGAUACCAACUUCACUUCGAUUUAGAAGGCGAAACUGGGGUUGUUGUACGUGGAAUUGGGACAGCUGUUCGUCUGAGAAAGUACAGUCCAGUCACAACACCUCCUAACAGUCCAACAGGAGUACGGAAAAACUGUCCAUUUAGACAAGAAUCCCCUACAACUCACAGAGAAUACACUCCAGAAUGUACACACAGUAUUCCUUCGCAUAUUCCUCAAAAUUUGGAGCUAGGAGAGUUCCCUUUCUUAACCAUAUCUCAACCCUUACCUGGUAUGGUAUUACAUUUUGGCAGUGUGGUUGCUUCAAAAUCUGUUAGAUUGCUUGACAAAAAUUCACCAGCUGGAAUACAAUUUCGAGAUGCAUGGUGGCUUGAACUGCGCACAGAAAUAGUUACACAUAUGCGUACUAUUGGCUGUGAUGCUGUUUUAGCCUAUCGUGAAGAAUGUGCAAUCUACGAAGAUGUUUGUAUUCUGUCGAGUUAUGGUACAGCUGUACAACUUAAUCCAAAAUGGAAUCCAAGUUGUUUAUGUUCUUCAAAUAAAGUUACAGGCUCAGCGAGUAGUAGUACAUCCGUUACUUUACAAAAGGCGACUGAGAAAAUUCUUGGAUCUUCACCAAAUUACUCUGCAUUUAAUGAUCAGUAUUCAACAGUUCAGGCUGAUGUACAUAGUGAACAAUGUGAAUUAACUGCUUCAAAUGCAUCGCUUUAUAUUCCUUCAUCAGAAUCAACACCUGUCCCUUCACCGUCUACUUCGAAUAAUAAACGGCCGUAUCAUGAAACUACACCGGAUAAAUUUUUUUCACAUAGACGGGAACCUUAUAACCCUUACAAACCAGUCAGAAUGGAUUGUCGUAUUUGUCAUCUACCAUCUGCCUCUGAAAAUAGCUCUAUUCGAGUAGCCUUUCCUAUCACCUCAUCACGAUGCGCUGUAUGCAAGACUGCCAAUGUUCCAGAUCUGCUAUUCUCUUCGUCAGACUUUCCUUCAGAAAUGUUAGUUAUCGGUAAUCCAGCUUUAAUACAAGCCAGGGUUUGUCGAAUGAAAAAAGACACUAAAGGCGAAACGGCAGCAAGUGAAUUGAGUGAGAUUCUUCCCUUUAUUGAUUAUGAACUUCAUUAUCGACUUAUGCAAAAGCUGAGGUUACGUAGUAUGAAUGGGUUAUUUGGAUUGAGAUAUCGUUUAGCUAUAGGUGAAUAUAUGAUUGCUGCUAUUGCUACUGGUACUGGUGUAUAUAUCAGUGCAUUGCCGCCACCUCCACCGCCUAGGAUAAUUCCAUCUUUACAGUCAUCAUCCAUACCCGAAGAUCGAUGUGCUUAUGAACGUUUGAAAAAACAAGUAGAUGACUAUCUUCGAAAAAAUCGUCAACUGUACGGAAUCUCUUUUCAGGAUGUUGUCGAUCAAGGUCAUUUGUCAAAAUUUGAUGAAAUUGAAAUUAGUGAUUUUAUUUCCCCGGAUUUUUAUGAUACUGCUGCUGCGACUGGAGAUAAUGAUGUGAAAGAUGUUGGCAAUCAGUUGAAGGCAUUACGUAUAAAUACACCUAGUACACCGAAUAAUCUUCAAGAUUCUGAUGAAGUGAAACAAUUAAAGCAUUUAAGUGAUCCAGUGAAAUCGCCUACAGAUACAGUUUACUUAGAAAGUAGAGAGCCUGAACCUGAAGAAUUAGCAAUUUUAUUACAAGAUCCUAUUCAACCUUCAGGUUUAAUCCUAACAACAACAGAAUGUAUCCCGAUAGCAGAUGACAAUUUACUGACAGCUGCUGGCAGUGUUAUGCUAAACAAUUCAAAGAUAUUUGUCCACCCAUCUAUGGUGACUGUAACACGCUCUGAUGGGGAUUUAUGCCAAAGUCAAGUGAACAGUUUCAUUCGCCUGCAUGAAACUGAAUUGUCUAUACCAGAUUCAUUUUUUGAAACAUCUGCUGGCACUGCUAGCAUUGUUGCCUCCGCAAAUUCACCACCAUCAAGUGUAUACGAAGGGAAUUUAACCUGUGUAAAAUCUCCAACAAAUAAUGCGAUGAAUAUGGUCACUAGUAGUACAACGAUAGCAGCGAUGGGGCUGUCGAUUUCGGUUACCUCAGCAAAAUCUCAAAAUUAUACACUUACAAGUUCAAGUUCUACAUCAGUCUUGAAUUCCGGUUGUUCUACAAGUCGUGUUAUCAAUAUUAAUGCUCUUUCGAGUAUUACUACGAGUGGACAGACAAGCACAACUACAUUUCCAUCAACAUCAUCAUCAUCGCCAUCUUCGUCGCCAAGUUGUAGUAGUUUACUGCUUCAAAAUAAUUUCUUAAAAGGUGGGAAUAGUUUAGGCAAAGCGUUACGAGAAUUCAAUCAGUUAACUUGGUUCCGAUUUCGUCAUUAUAUGCCAUGCAUCCUUAAUGCUUUGGAUUAUCGUUUAUCGUUUACUGAUGAUGAACAUUUACAGAUCAUAGCAACUGGAAUGAUACUUCAUCCAAAUCGAUUAUCGAAUGGAAGUAAUAAUAAUAAUAACAAUAAUAAUCACAGUAACAAUGGUGCUUAUGAUGACCAUAAUGAUAAACAUUCCUUGUCUGCUGACUGUAAAACGAAUCAAUCUAUCUCGAAUGGAUUUUCUACCAAUCAUCAUAAUAAGAACAAUAAUACCGAUAAUAACACAACUAGUCGAAAGGAUAAACAAGCCGGUAUAUCAGUUAAAACUUGUCCGAAAUUCUAUCUACCCAAUCCUAAAGACUUUAAAUCUACAUCGCCUACAUCGUCGUUGGCUUCAAAAGAUGAUUCGAUGCGUAAAACUUUCACAGAUAGAAUGACUCAUAAUGAUGAUGAUGAUAAUGAACGUAUAAGUCAAGGACAAGAACGACAAUCGCAACAGCAGCAACAACAACAAGUACAUCAUAACAAAUCAAUAACUGGUUGUAUACUUACACCCUUAUCAUCCCUACCCAAUAUGUGUGUUGAAGCAUAUCUUGGCAAUUUAGACUUUUUCUUUAUUCGAGAAACUACAGAUUUACGCGAAGUUGGUGGUAUCUCCGGUUUUUUGCAUACAAGUCUGUCUGAAGUCCAAGCUGUUGUUGGAGCACAUACUACAAGCUUAGGUGGUAAUGCCCUCCUAUCUUAUCAUUUAAGUGAAGUAGUUAUCCUUCGGCCAACAUCAAGAAAUCAAGCUCAAUGUCUUAUAAAUGUCUGCGGUGAUAUGGCUAAAGUCAACUGUGUGAAGACCGCGACGGUGGCGGCGACGAGGACGACGCCGAUGACCACAAUGACGUCGAAAUCAAUAAAAUCCAUGACAAAAUCGAAAUUGAAUUAGCUCAUCCGUUUGUUUGUGUGUUUACUUUCUUUUCUAUCUGAUUUCAAAAUUUUUUCUGAUUGGGGGGGAGGGACUACAUUGAUGACUUUUGUAUAAAUUCAUAUGAGGUGUGAAGCAUUCCAAUAAAAUAAAUUCUGAUCCCCUUUUUUGUUUUUCCCAGUUACUUUUAUCUACUUCACUGACAGACAGCCAUUACAGUAACUUUAGUUGUAAAGGUCAUAGUGUGGGGUAACAGAG